AUGGGCAUGAAAGGCAGGGGUAGACCCCCUCCCAAUGCGGGGCUCGAAGAGUCGAAGCCUGCCAACAAGAUGCGCCGUCAAAUGAUGCACAUCAAGCGCAAGAGAGAGAAAGACUCAACGCGCCGAGCGGAGCGAUAUGCCUUCAAGAAGGAAGAGGCUAAGAACCCCAAACUGAAAGAGGCUCGUCUGAGGGAAAAUGUCCCAUUGACUCUCGACCGUAAGCGAGUCUGGGAUGAGGCUGAUAAUGACGCCGAGGAGACUGGGCUGGGUUUGAGUGUCGACGUUGAGCGCAUCAAGCGUGCCAAGCAAGAGGAGGAGGAUGAAUUGAACCGACCCUUGGAGGAAGGAGAGGAUGACAGCGACGCUCCUGAUUCCGACAAUGAGUCCAUCGACAGUAUGAUUGCGAGCGACAGUGAAGACGAGGAUGAGGAUAAGGAAGGCGAAGAAGAUGCCAGCCGCGGUCGAAGCAAAUCGAAACUGCGCACUGCCACCGAACGUGCUACCAGCCCGACACAAUCAACAAAAAGUACGAACCUGAACCUCGCACCUGAAGCUCUCGCCGCCAAGUUCCCAACCCUCUUUUCCUCGGACCCUCCCCCUACGCCUAAAGUUCUUAUUACAACAUCCCUCAAUUCGACGCUCCACAAGGAAGCCGAAGACCUCACCAACUUCUUCCCCAACAGUGUGUACAUCCGUCGUACCGCACACCGUUACUCGCACAAGUUCUCCAUCCGCGAGAUCUCCAAGUUCGCCGCAAACCGAAACUUUACCACUGUGCUUGUGCUAAACGAGGACCAAAAGAGACCUAGCGGUAUGACAAUGGUUCACCUUCCCGAAGGCCCGACAUUCCACUUCUCAAUUAGCAACUGGAUCGAGGGUAAGCGGUUGCCAGGACACGGUAAAGCCACGGACCACUGGCCCGAGCUGAUUCUGAAUAACUUCCGCACCCCGCUCGGUCUCUUGACUGCGCAUGUGUUCCGCACCCUGUUCCCUUCCAUGCCCGAGUUCCAGGGCCGACAGGUUGUGACAUUGCAUAACCAGCGUGAUUACAUUUUCGUGCGUCGUCACCGUUAUGUCUUCCGGGAGAAGCGGGAGACUGAGAAGGCCGUUGUUGGAGCCGAUGGCAAGGAGAUUGCCGGUGUAGAGGGAAUCCGAACUGGCUUGCAGGAACUGGGCCCGCGGUUUACUCUGAAGUUGCGCCGUGUGGACAAGGGUAUCCAGCGAGCCAGUGGACAGGAGUGGGAAUGGAAGGGUGGAAUGGAGAAGGUGCGGACAAAGUUCCAACUGUGA